AUGCAUAGGGUAAUAGUCCCUAAACGCUCCGGCAUUCAUCGCUUUGCAUGCCUUUCCCUUUAUCGAGCACUUCUCCGACAAUGUGCCAGAUUGCCCCCGACUAUUCCCAACUCUGGGACAAUAAACCACCUUGUGCGAAAGAAGUUUCGCCGGUAUAAGACUCUUCAAAGUCCUUCUCAGACUGUCAAUGCUCUUAAAGCCGGCUACGAAGCUGACAGGCAACGAAAGGCCUUAGAUUUGCUGCAUUCUGCCUCACAAGGGAAUCAAAAAGACGUUGGUCGUAUCUCUGCGCUCCUUGCAGAGUCCAAAGCUCUAAGAGACAAGAACAGCUCCGAACAACGAACGCUGGCAGAGGCCCGACCGAUAAAGCCGCUUUCUAAGAUAGAACGAAAAAAGGAAGAAUCAAGACGGCAGCAAGAUGCAACAGCUCUCCGGCAUCCAAAUGCUGAACCGAUACUCUCUCGUCCCCGACCCGUGGUCUCCGGCCGACGACGAGUGCCUGUUCUUGUGAAUGCUCGCGGCAUUCCCUUCCUGCGUAUAAAGAAGCCGCAACCCCAGAACUUAAGCAGAGUCAUCAGGAACAAGCUUGAAAGAAGAUGGGCAUGGAUUGAACGUCGCGACAGGCUAGAAAUCGAAAAGCUAUUUGCGAAGGACGAAGACUAUUGGGACAGCUUGGUGGCAGACGAGGAGGCGGAGUCACCGUCAUGGGCAGAUGCAGUCGUGGAAUCUAUCCAAGAUGUCCUUUCGAAAAUUUCCGAAAGCGAUAAGAAAGCCAAGGAACUCGCCGAGAAGAUGUGGAAGAUCGUUCUUGCCGAAAAAGAGCUGGCUGAAAAGGAGGAAGCUGAGAGAAAGAAGAGAGAAGCCGAAGAACGACAGCGUCAAGAGGCUACUGUUGGGGACAACAAAUCACCUUCUGACGAAAAGAACCUCAAUAAGAUACCCACAGCGAAUUCCGAAAACCGUGUUCAAUGA